CAAGCGGGUCUGUCAAAAUAAAAAGAAGCGUCUGUCGCUUCGGCUGACUCCAAAUUAAAUUUUUCAAUCACUCCACUUUGGGAGUACACACUAUAAUUGAUGGAGAUGAAAGCCAUCGGACUACUCACUCUCGUUCUCCUCUUGGUUGUCCAGUCAACAGAGGCUGGACUUCGUUCCCGGGUGUCGAGCUUCCGAGAUCGUUCCCAAAGGGCCAGUUACAACACCCAACCCGGUAGUACUCAAGAGAAGCCACGAAACGUGCAGUCGUCCGAGAGUAUCAGGAGAAGUAGUGUAAUAUCCGCGUGGGGAAUAAUCGGAAUAAUUCUUGGAGCCAUAAUCAUCACCACGACUGGUUACUAUGCAUUCGUAUUUUAUCCCUAUCUCUGUAAGAAGGAGCGCAAUUACGACAUGAUUGAGCUGACCAACGUGGUAUGACCAUGUGGGCCGGAGAACAUAUUUUAUAUUCAUUUGCCGGCAAUUACGGACAAUUCAUUGUAUUUUUUACAACAUUUAUUUUCAAUAAAAGGACAGUUUACCUGAAAAACAUGAA